AUGACCUAUCUAUACAAGUGUCAGAUUAGACCAAAAAUAGAGUACUGCUGCCAUCUCUCUCUCUCUCUCUCUCUCUCUCUCUCUCUCUCUCUCUCUAUCUAUCUAUCUAUCUAUCUAUCUAUCUCCAGCCUUAACAGAAUUCAAAAGAGCUACGCGACCUUGAGUGGAUUAACUUCUCUUUCUCUCGUUCUUUUACUCUCUCGUUCUUUCUCUCUCUUUCUCUCUCGUGUUCUCUCUCUCAUUCUCUCUCUCAUUCUCUCUCUCUCUUUCGUUCUCUCUCUUUCGUUCUCUCUCUUUCUCUUCUCUCUCUCUCUCUCUCUCUCUCUCUCUCUCUCUCUCUCUCUCUCUCUCUCUCUUUCUCGUCUUUCGCUCUCUCGGUCUUUCUCUCUCGCCUGUGGUCUGUUCUCUUUUUUUAUCAUUGUCCUUUCUUUUCUUUUCUUUACACAAAUACGAUUUCACACACUGUCCGGCUGUAACAGAGAUAUACACUUUCUUCCUCUCUCUGUCUUUCCUUUUUUCUUUCCUUCUUUCUUCGUCUGUAUACAGUUCAGUUUCCAAAUCCGACUCACUGCAACAGGGAUAUACACUUUCUUCCUCUCUUCGGUUUUCUUCUUUCUUUCUUUCUUUCUUUCUUUCUUUCUUCUUCUUUACACAAUUCAGCUUGUAACAGAGAUAUACACUUUCUUCCUCUCUGGUUUUCCUUUUUCUUUCUUUCUUCUUCUUUACACAAUUCAACUUGUAACAGAGGUAUAUACUUUCUUUCUCUUUGGUUUUCUCUUUUCUUCAAACGCAGGCUGUAUUCUCAGCGUACAAAUCUCUCUGCGUCUUCAAUUUGGGGUUAUUGAACAGGAAUACUUCUUCUCUACUUAUUUCUUGUCCGGAGUUGCCUGGGAUGAAUCGGACAAGUUCCAUCAUUAUCAAAUGAGUCUUCCACGUAACCCCCAUUCUGUUGCUUAG